AUGCCAGAAAAAGACGAAGACGAAGACGAAGAAGUUGAAAAGAAGCAGAAGAAGAAGAAGAAGACUCGAAAGCGAAGCGGCAGAAGACGAGCCGUUGCGCGGAACACGGCGGAUCGCUUAACUAACGGUCGGUUGGUCGACAGGGAGUCACCUCCAGCGGUCGAACACGAAGAAGACGAAGACGAAGAAGAAGAAGAAGAAGAAGACGACGACGUCGACGUCGAAGAAGUCAAGGAUAAUCAAUAA